AUGGCCGCCACCACGGCGGCGGAGGGUAGGCCUGCACCUUCCUCCAUCUCAUAUCGACAAGCUCUAGUAUCUCAAUCCGAAGAACACAUUGCUACUGGCUUGUCCAAAAGUGAGAAGGACAAAAUUCCAAUUGACAUUCCAAUGGAGGCUCCUCCAUCAAAUCAUUGCUCCUCCCAAGAAGAAAUAGUUCAAAUUCCUGAUAAUUUAGGCCGAAACUCGGCCUCUAAUGUCGUCACAAGUAAAGUGAAAAUAGCACAAGAGGGGGCACCCCAAAAUGUUGUUGAUCUGAUUUCAAGCCAGACCACCCGUCCGAUCCACAUCAAUGAAGUAAUAGAGCCUUCAGAAGCACAAGAAGACAUUGACAAAGCUGGAAUGCAGCCUCAAAUUGAACUGGAAAACUCAUAUUUGAAUGAUAAUAAGGAUAUGGAUACACAUGGAAUUCAACAUAGAUCGAAUCUCCGACAAGGUGAAACUGAAAAUACGGAAGCAGAGCUAGCUGGGCAAGAACAGAAUACAUCCUUGGAAGAAAGGAGUUGA